CCGCCGCCGCCUAAGCCGUUUUCUUGCUGCCGCUGCUGCUGCCGCCGGUGCCGUGCAGUUUGAGCGAAGCCCGGGCACCGCACGGAGAGAGCCUCCUCCUGGCCCUCCCAGGGAAGAAAACGGCAAAAAGCCGGCCCAGACACGGCUGCCCAGAGAGCGAGCGGUCCCACCUCUCGCAGCCUAAGCAGAGAGAGGCGAGCUGGGCUCGGCUUUUGUGGCGCGAGAGCGGGGAGUUGAGGAGCCUGGGACCUUUCCCCCGUCGGCGUCCGGCUUGGGCACUGGCUGGCAGCAGCCCCAGAGCGGGGUCUCUUCCUCGCCGUCCCCGCCGAACCGCGUGAGCGAAGGAAGCGGGGGCAGCUCGUAGCUGGCGCAGCAGAGGGGGCGGGGGGAGGACAAGCCCCAGCUCUGCCGCCGCCAGAGCUGCGCUCGGCUGUCCUCCUUGGCUGGCCGCGCGUGCGUCGUGCGAGGAGGGGGGCCGGUGGCGAGAGCCAAGCCAAUGCUCAGCCCCGAGGAGGGAGAGGGAGAGCGAGCAUGGUCCUGCCGCUGUCGCCAGUUGCCGGGACGGAGCGCGCCUGAGCUGCCGAGGGAGUGAAGAUGGAGCCCUCCAGCAGCAGCAGCAGCAGCAGCAGCAGCAACACUGGCUGGAAGCCCCUGAAAUGAGGCGGGGAGCCGCCGCCGCCGCGCCUCGUCGUUUUCGAAGGUAACUUUGGUUCCAGUGGCAAAUCAAGAUUUUCCUACAUAGGAUGGAGUUCACUGUAGUGUUCAAAAAGCGGAAACAUCUCCAAAAUGAGGAGUGUGGUGAAAAUAAAACUGAAAGGGAAAAUCAAGAGAGUCACUUCGCUCCAGAAUGCAUGGAGUUUACUCAAAACCACAAUACUAGAAGCCCAGUUAGAAUGUAUACCAAAAAGGAGGAAAGGUACCGCUAAGUCCAGGAGGAUGCCAGCAUGGCUAACAGAUACUAAAGCGACCUGUGAAGAAUCUCCAUGAAGGUGACCAGCCAUGCAAUGUUCCUGGAAGGCUGUCCUCCUACUUGCUUUGGCCUCCAUUGCUAUCCAGUACACAGCCAUCCGUACCUUCACAACCAAGUCUUUCCACAGCUGUCCUGUCCCUAACCCCAUGAACUGUAGCCUGAACCAGGAGGUUGAAUCAGCUGAUAGACUGUGUGAGGAAAGCCCCACCUUUGCUUAUAACCUCUCCAAGAAGACGCAUGUCCUGAUCUUGGCCACCACCAGAAGCGGCUCCUCUUUUGUUGGUCAGCUCUUUAAUCAGCACUUUGAUGUCUUCUAUUUAUUUGAGCCCCUCUACCAUGUCCAGUACACCCUUAUCCCAAAGCUGACACAGACCAAGGGCUCCACAGACCGGCGGAUCAUGCUGGGGGCUGGCCGGGAUUUGCUGAGGAGCCUCUAUGACUGCGAUCUCUACUUCCUGGAAAACUACAUCAAACCUCAGCCAGUGAACCACACAACUGACAGGCUCUUCCGGAGGGGGGCCAGCAAGGCUUUAUGCUCUCCACCAGUUUGUGAGACAGUGAUUGACAUUCCCCUGGAGGAAGGAGACUGUGUGAGAAAAUGUGGCACAUUGAACCUGACACUGGCCACUGAAUCAUGCAAAGACCACGGACAUGUUGCUAUCAAAACAGUAAGGGUGCCAGAGGUCAGUGACCUCCGGGCCUUGGUGGAGGACCCCAGGCUCAACCUGAAAAUCAUACAACUGGUGAGGGAUCCCAGGGGCAUCCUUGCUUCCAGGAGCGAGACAUUCCGAGACACCUACAGGCUUUGGCGGAUCUGGGAUGGCACAGGCAGGAAACCCUAUAACCUGGAUGUGACGCAGCUCACCACUGUCUGUGAGGACUUCUUGAGCUCUGUUUCCACUGGACUAAACCGGCCCCCUUGGCUCAAGGGCAAAUACAUGCUGGUGAGGUAUGAAGACCUGGCUAGGAAUCCCUUGAAAAAGACUGAGGAGAUGUAUGAAUUCCUGGGCAUCCCCAUGGACAGCAAUGUGGAGCGAUGGAUACAGAACAACACACGAGGGGACCGAUCGGCAGCCAAACACAAGUACGGGACUGUCCGCAACUCGGCAGCAACCGCAGAGAAGUGGCGGUUCCGCCUCUCUUAUGAAAUUGUGGCAUUCACGCAAAAUGCCUGUCAGCAAGUGUUGGUACAACUGGGCUACAAACUGGUGUCCUCUGAGGAGGAGUUAAAAAACCUCUCCGUCAGCCUGGUGGAAGAAAAGGACUUCUUGCCCUUCUGGUAACACAAACACUAGAGGCUCAUAUUUUAAUGCAGAUAUGGGCCAUUUCUAACUGUUGCCUUACUUCCCUUCUCCCCUUCUACUCUCUGAAAUUUGCACUAAUUCUUGAAUGAGAGUCUCAGAGUUGACAUGAAGAAGGUGCCCCUUCUCAGACAAUGGCACGGUAUGGAAUAGGAGUAUUGGGUCUUCUAAGAGCAAGAGCUAAAAAAUCAAACUGUGGAUGGGUAGCAAUGUUUACAAAUCACACCUAACAAUGUCUAAAAGGAAAAAAAAAAGUAACCCUCAGGCUUUCCACACUGAAGGGCACCUGAGGGACUGUACUUUUUGCACUGUUUACUUUUACAAUGUAAGAGGUAACUAUAAAUAUAUAUAUAUAUAUAUAAAUAUAUAUGUCUAAUUUAUGAAUAGUGUUGUCACCUCCCGCCUAACCCCUCCUGAUUAUGAGCAGGUUUUACUGUUAGCUGAAUGUGGAAUAAUCUCCUUGUUUUUAAUCUUGUUUUUUGAUAUGUCUGAGUCAUGUUAUCAGGCUGGUCGCUGAUCCAUGGUUUGUUUAGUAACACCUAUGACAUUUCUUUGUGCCAAAAAAAAAAAAAAAGGUUUGCUGAACCGCAACAACAAAACCUUAAUGCUUUAUCUCUGUGUUUUCUUCAAAUAAACAAUUCAGUAAAAUCAUUUGUUCCUGGAGGGUGAAAUUCACCAGGCAGGGUUCAGUGAAUUGUCAGACCACUUACUGCUACUCAGGACAGAUGGAAACAUCCUUAAGUGCAUCUCAUCUGGUUAGGUGAAAUGCAACAGAAUGUGGCUGCACCAAAGAUGGAUGGCAGGAAGAAUGAGAGUGGUGCAGGCUGAUCACCUGACUGUAAGUGACAACAUGGAGAAAUAAUGGCAGUUCCCUGAUCAGUGUGCGUUUUUAACCUGCCGCCAUUUUUAUUUGUAAUAAAAUAAACUAUGUACGACAAAAUGCAUUCUUGGAUCCUAACUUGCACAAGUCUAAUGAAGUUCGUGUAAACAUUCUUCAUUACCCUCUCCCUCCCUCCCAAACCCACCCCACCCCCCAUUUUCAGGAGAGAAAUUCCUCUCCUGAGGCUGGAGACCCUUGGAAAAGCAGGUGGAAUCUCUGAAAAUUGUGUGUAGGCACUUUUCAUCUGUGGGGCUCUGCUCGGGAAGCUGCCUGGAUGUUUGAAUAUAUAUAUUUAAUUCCUGGAGAAAAAAGGCCAACAUUUUAUGGGGAUUGGUUUUCUGUCAAAUAGAAAAUGCUUUCCUCGUUGCCUACUGCGUUUAUAGUCUUCUGAUCUGCAUUCUGAAGGUAUAUGUUUCAGAGUCUUGAGGAUGAGAUGUGUAUUUCUCCAUGUCAAUGAACUGUAUGUAGACAGAAGUUCUGUGUCUCAUUGUUUCUAAUGCUUUAGCUAAGCCUUUAGUUUGGGGAGUUAUUCAUCAAAAUUGCCGUGUUUCGUACUAUCAGAAUAAGGCAUGGAAGAAUGUCUUGUAUGAAAAUGUAAUGUACAGUUAAUGAAUCAAUUAGAAAAAUCCAUUAACACUUUUGAUCUAUUAAAAGGGAGUCCCUGAUUAAUUGGGCAGCAGAUUUUUUAAAAAAAUGUUAACAUUUAUGUAAAUACCUAGAAAUCCACCCUACACCAUAGGAAGGAAUGUCUCUUCUGAGACGGUGCCUGUUGUGCUGUUUGCAUCCGUUAAAACAAAGCAUGCCUUUUUCUUCAGAACCAUUGUUUUAUUCAUAUGCAGAUUUAAUUGAUGAAUCAAUUAAAAUGCAUACAAGUAAUCAACUGUGAUUUAUUUGAGUGACACCCUAAUUCUGUAAGUUGGAAAGGCCUUGCCACAUAUCGUUGUUAGUCCUAUCUGUUAACUGUGAUGCAUCAGUGCCUGAGGUCAAUUCCUGGUCCAAAAACAACAGGAAGGUGAGAAACAAAUACAUGCACAGUACUAGGUUGCACCAGUCACCCAGUUAUAUCAUUAACUGUUGUCUAACUCUAGUGACCCCUGAACAUAGGUAGCUGCUGUCUGCUGAAUCAGAUAGUUGGUUCAUCUAGCACAAUAUUGUCUUCACUGACUGGCAGUGUCUUUCCAGCAUUUCAGAUGGGGGCCUUUCCCAGUCAUACCUGGAGAUGCUAGGUACUGGUUGGGACCUGCAGAGUUAUAACAUGUCAAUAUUCCCAUCCCAAGUUGAUGUUAUUUCUCUCACCUCCACUAUCUAUACCUUUACAGAACUGUGUGUAGGGCUGUGGUGACAGUAGCAUCCAGAUGGGCUCUGAAGUCUGAACUGAAUUCCAAGUGAACAACUGUUACUAGGAAUUGACAAGUGCUGGAAGGUAAAUGGAUCUGAUGAGGGCCUUGCUGGUUAGGCAGAGAAUGCUAAAGGUAUAGAGGUUUGAAUAUAAAGGCAGAGCAUGCUAAUCUGCCUGCAGAAGGGCACAGUAAGCUCCCACAGGAUCAUGCCCUCCAUUUUAUUUCCAGCUGGAGCUGUGAAAAUCCUCUUCACAGAAAUGCAAAAUGGAGGUGGGGUUUGUGAGCAACGUACACACAGACAGAAGGUCCUUAGGACCUUCUACUCAUUGGAAAACCUAAAUGUGGGAAAGGGAGACUGCACAGUUCUGUUAAUUUUCCUUUUGUGGUGUUCAAAAGGGCAGGAGCAUCAGUUGCUGUGGUGUGUGCCUAUCUUGGUGGAGGUGCCUCACAAGGUGUCCCCCUAGCCUGGAAGAUGGAAUCCCAUUUUAAGUAGGAAUGACUGUGAAAGUUCAGCAGAAAAAUGAGCUUAGUGGCCUCUCCUCCAGGCCUGCAGAAAGAUGAGCAGUGCCUUAUAAAUCAUCUAUGCUGUCGAGAGUGGGAUGUUGCUUGCAACCAUGCAAGAAGACAAUGAAGAAGGAGGAAGCUGCCUGCAAGGAAAUCUUGUGCUUUCAGGUACUGUGGUGCAAUGUACUUUGCAGUACUGGAAUGUGUCAAUUUCCUGCAAGCUUUCCUUCCAUCCCAACUUACAGUGACAGCUGUCACUGUUUGUACCAAUCCCCUGAUGGUUCACGCAACAAGCAUAGGGACCGGUUACUCUGUACAAGCAAGCAUAGCUUACAUAAAGAGCUGUUGUGCAACAAGCAAAACCCCAAACACCCUUCAAUUUCAGAUCUGUACGCAACAAGGGUCAAACCAGAAGUUGAGCAAGCUUUCAUAUGGAUGAACAGUUGUGGUGGGGAUAUAGUGUAAGGCUUGGUGUGCCAAAUGUUUAUGAUGGAAUUUUAGUUUACCUAAACAGUUUUUGAAGGUUUAUGAAGUCCAAUGUAUAAUUUCCCUUGUAAUAAAGAGCAAGAUGGUCUGAAGAUACCAUCAGAAUGCAUGGCGAUCACCAA